CCCCGCGAGCUGGUUCAAGCAAGUUCCGGAAAGCACAUAAUGUGGUGGCCAUGGAGCAGCGACAAGAGCUCCGACGGCCCAAAGCCCGCGCGACAUUGGAAUGAAAGCCUGAACAAGACGGAUUGGGAACAUUACAAGGAACCGCGGAACUGGGUACCUACCGCGAUCGCCACGACCACCAUAUUGGUCGCCGUCAAGUUCUACCGCUCCUAUCUGCGUCGCAUCCCAGGAACAAACUACAUACACCCGGGCUUCUUCCGCAGGAGGAGCCUCUUUGGCCGCGUAACUAGCGUGGGCGACGGCGACAACUUCCACCUGUUCCAUACGCCCGGCGGACGACUGGCAGGGUGGAGCUGGCUGAGGAGCAUACCGACCGAGCGAAAGGCGCUCAAGGGCAAGACUAUCCCCGUCCGCAUCGCCGGAGUCGACGCCCCAGAAGCAGCGCAUUUCGGACGAGAGGCCCAGCCGUUCAGCGCCGAAGCGUUGGACUUCCUCAAGUCCUACAUACUCGGCCGCAAUGUGCGAACCUAUAUCUACAGGCGGGAUCAGUACGAACGGGUUGUCGGGACGGUGUGGGUGCGCCGUUGGCUCUUUAGGAGGGAUGUCGGCCUGGAGAUGAUAAAGCGUGGGCUGGCCACGGUGUACGACGCCAAGAUCGGCGCAGAGUUUGGUGGAUUGGAGGCAAAGUACCGUGCUGCUGAAGCAAAGGCUAAAAUGAAGAAGCUGGGCAUGUGGGGAGGGAAAGGAAAAUUUGAAAGCCCGAGAGAGUACAAGAAUAGACACGCGUCGACUAGCGAGACGAAGUUGAGCUAG